AUGAGCCUUCCUGCUUCGCCCAUCUUCGCCUACUCCGGCAUUCUUCUCGACGACGCCUACAAGUUCUAUGCUGCGUGGCAGAUCACUUUUGAAGAAGCGGCCAUGACCUCAAGCUUCUUCUCCCUCUACACCAACGAGACCUACUGUCCUACGCACAUCGAAACCGACGCCUACACCAUCACGCAGGCCAAACUCCAAGACAACUCGAUACGAAACGACGCGAAGUACUUUACAUACUGUUGUGCUGGCGACGCCUUGGAACAGCGCCUUGCGGCAGUGAAACGCCUCGAACAUGACUUGACGCACAAUUUUGUGUUUUCUUUCAACUCCUUCACGUAUAUCCUCCAAGAAGCCAUCAGAUCGUACGUCUCUGCCUUCUCCCUCUGGGCCUCACUUAUGGCGCGCCAUGAAGCUGGUACCCGUGGCCCCAUGAUCCUGUUUGCUAGUAUCACACAACUCAAGUACACCGAGGAUAUCAGUGCCGAAACCCUCUUCAUUACACUCGACGACCAGAUCAACAUGAUCGAAACGGCAACCCUCGCUGCGACGCCGACGCUCUAA